AUGUACGAAACGACGACUGAAGAGGAUUCGACGACCGAAAGAGAUUCGUUGAUCUCAGAUGGAAGCAGUUCAACACAAGAUUGUCGCCCACUUGGCCCUCGGGACAUUUCGAGGUCGACGCGCUAUGGAAUCUUGAUUGGUCUGUGGUCUGCAACUUUCCUUUCGUCUUUGAACACAACCCUAGUCGCCACCCUGCUUCCAUCUAUCUCUUCUGAUUUCAACAAGUCACAUGAAGCUAGCUGGCUUGGUACAUCGUAUCUGCUUGCGGUCUGCACCUUUACACCUGUAUAUGGGCGGUUAUGCAACAUUAUGGGGAGACGGGGUGCAAACCAGUUGGCUGUCUGUAUUGCCGCGCUGGGUACCCUGUUAUGUGGCUUUUCUACGAACAUGGAGACAUUGGUUGCUGCGCGAUUUCUAUCUGGCAUAGGAGGUGGUGGGAUUGUUACGACCUGCACGAUCACUACGAGUGAUAUGUAUUCCAUGCGGUCACGAGGGCUUGCGCAAGGGGUACAAAGUGUGUUUAAUGGCCUUGGUCAAGGUCUAGGAGGUCCCAUAGGAGGUCUUAUAAGUGACUGGCUUGGUUGGAGAUGGGCGUUUUUAAUUCAAAUGCCUUUUUUCGUAUUGUCGCUCGUUCUUACAACCUACAACCUGCGAUACGUCACCCCCGGUAAAAGCAACAACGCCAAGGACGUUCUGAAGAGAAUCGAUUAUGGCGGAAUUUUUUCCCUUCUAGUCUCUGUUGGAUCGUGCUUGGUAUUUUUGAGUAUGAAAUACAACGAGGAUCUCCCAUGGUCAAACCAAUGGGUAUACGUGCCGCUGGCUCUCGCUUGCAUUUUUGCCGUAGUUUUUAUCUGGGUAGAGUUGUUGGUUACCCCAGAGCCCAUCAUGGCGCCAUUCCUCUUCAAACACAAGAUCCCUGUCCUUGUCAGUGCCAACAACUUCCUUGUGUCAUUGUGCAACUUUUCCGUGAUGUAUUUCUUUCCGAUGUGGUUUCAGACAGUGGCCUUGACAAGUGCAUCAACUGCGGGCUUGCAUCUGAUGCCGAACAGUGUGUGCAUGUCCACUGGGUCUUUGUUUGCCGGAUGGAUAAUGCACCGCACUGGGAAGUAUAAACUUCUCAACAUUAUUUUUGGUUUCUUCCCAUUCAUCGGGAUCACUCUCAUCACAUUGAUGCGGGAGGACUCCGGACCACUGCAAAUGUGGCUGAGCAUUAUCCCAUUCGGGUUUGGCAAUGCCAUCGUCUUACAGACAACUCUUGUUGCCCUGCUGGCACACCUCCCUGAGGGCUCGAUGGCCGUCGGAACUGGUUUUUGUCAGCUUUUCAGAGGCGUAGGUCAAGUAGGGGGCGUUGCCAUUUCAUCAGCGCUAUUCCAGUACAAACUUGACUACGAGCUUCGAUCAAGAAUACAUGGUGAUGGCGCAGCAGAGAUUGUGAAUCGGAUCAGGCAUUCAACUACCCUAGUGAGCGGGUUGCCGCCGGACUUGCAACGCGCAGCAAGAGAGUCGUAUGCGAUCAGUCUCCGCGCUGUGUUCACGCUUGCUGCAUGCUCCACGCUGCUAGCCUAUAUUGUCCGGCUACCUAUUCCUGAGAAGAAUUUAGACAGUCAACCCAAGGGGAUUGAUACCCAAUCCCAAUCCACCAGUCCCGAGGGUGACUCAACAUCACUGCCUGGUGGAAAACAAGGGGUAUGA